AUGCUGUCGACUAUAUAUUCCAUAAACAAUUUCAAUGUAGGAGACAUCAUUGAGGCUGAGUUCCAAGGGCCGAUGGCCAACGAAGUAAUAGGACGACAAAGGAAAUCAAAGGCGGCGAUGACUAUUCGUGGAAAUAUCAUCUUAUUGGCUACUGACAAGUGGCAAGAUCCAUAUGUAUGCUGUCAAUCAAACGAGACACAAAGCAAAAAAGAUAAAUAUUCCAAUUGUAAAUCGUUAUGUUUGUUAAUACUGCAGAAGAAGAUUAAGGUGCGAGUUCUUGGCGUUGCUGGACAUCCACCAUGGAUUUCUUUAUCCAUGCUUGAGCCUCAGGAAGUGAUUGAUUAUCGAUAUCAAGACUUAAAUAUUUCUGAUUAUUCGUCCAUCAUGAUAGCUAUACAAAUCUUACAUAAGCUGUUUGACUAG